AUGAAAAAGACGAAGUUCUCAAUCAGUCGAGAGAAGAGGACCAAGGACUAUAUACCAGAUGGAUUUAUCUCCUUCAGCGACACAAACGCGGAGGGCAUCAUUCAACCACAUAAUGAAGCUUUGGCAAUUUUUGUCCUUAUAAAUAAAACUCAUGUCAAACGUAUGUUGAUUGACACAGGUAGUUCGGCCAGCAUUAUCCAAUGGAAAGUAGUGGAACAGCUGGACCAGAUUAUACCAACGGCCCGCGUCCUCAAUGGGUUUAAUAUGGCUUGUGAAACUACCAAAGGUGAAAUCACUCUACCAAUAAAUGCUGCCGGCAUUGUUCAGUACAUAAAGUUUUAUGCCAUUGAUGAAGAGAUGAGAUACAAUGCCUUGCUCAAAUGGCCCUGGUUACACAUCAUGAGGGCGGUACCCUCGACCUUGCACCAUAUGCUGAAAUUCCUAACCCCGGAGGGAGUGAAAUUCAUCCAUAGAGAACAACCAGUAGCAAAAGAAAUGUUUGCGGUUGAAGAAGCAGUUCAAACACUAAGGAUAACCAUGCCUGAGGACGUGCAUGAAGAUAAAAAUACCAAAUAG